UUCAGCAUUUAGGGUUUCAAUCCAUCCAAGCAUGGCUAACACAUACGGGGUUUACCCGAGCGACAUCACACAUCGGACAAGCAGUGUUUAGAGAAGUAAUUUUGUUAGCGCUGCGUUGAAUCAUCAAAUCUGGUAUUAAAUAUUGAGCAUUUUGUUUGUAUGCUUCAUUUCCAUAUAGUUCAGUUGUAUACCUUAGUUGAUUGUAUUAAAUUGAAUCUGUAAAGAAAUUGUGCAAAUCAUCGUGAAGCAAGUCCGACCGAAACAUAAUGCAUGGGAGACUUAAAGUUAAAACAACAGCUGAGCAGGAUGCGGAGAAGAAAAAAGAAAGGGAGAAGAAACUAAAACUAUUUCAAAAAGCAACCAGUGUUGCCCAUGAAAAGAUUACAAAACAAGAGUAUGAUAGCACUGGAUUACAUGUCAGUCAACAAAUACUCAGUUCAAAUUCUGAUUACUCGUCCAUGUGGAAUUAUAGGAAAGCAGUAUUCAACUCAAUGAAAGACAAAGAAGCGGAAGAACUGCAAAAGCUGUGUAAUGAUGAACUUGAAUUUUUAGCGUCAUGUCUAAGGAAUAAUCCAAAAUCGUAUGGUUGUUGGCAUCAUAGAUGCUUCAUCAUGCUAUACAUGCCUCAUCCAGAUUGGAAAAAAGAGUUGGAUCUUUGUAAUCAGUUCUUACAGUUUGAUGACAGAAAUUUUCAUUGUUGGGACUACAGGCGUUUUGUUGUCAAGAAUUCUGUUCCCAAUGUUUCAGUAGAUGACGAAAUUAAAUGUACGGAUAAACUUGUGGAAAACAACUUCUCUAAUUAUUCUUCAUGGCAUUAUAGAAGUAAAUUAUUACCGAUUCGUUACCCAAGCUCAAAAAAUCCAGAUCGAAUUGCGGAAGAUAAAUUACUUCAAGAGCUGGAAUUUGUGCAAAAUGCUUUUUUUACUGAUCCAAAUGACCAAAGUGCUUGGUUUUAUCAUAGAUGGCUUCUUGGAAGAGGACAAACUAUGCAAGGAAUAAUAGCAGUUCAUGUACAAAAAGCAACAUCUUCAGUAACUUGCAUCUUUAGAAAACCAAUUAAUAUAACAGAUAUUAAAGUUAAGUGUUCUGUUGUCAUUGAUGAUAUUACACAGAGCGGAUCGUGGAAUUCGUUAUCAGGAAAUGGUUAUCAACAUGCAUGGAUCUUUAAAUGCUCGAAUGACCUCACCGAUAAAAGUUGUGAUAUUGUUGUAAAAUGUAGUGAUGAAUCUUUUUCAACAAGUUUCAAAGAUACGGAUUCUUUCUCCUCUAAUACGAUUACAGUAAAAGAUGAAUUCCGCCAGGAACUGAGUAGCGCGAAACUUGAACUCCUUGAAUCUGAAUUAGAAUCUUGUACUCAAUUGAAUGAUUUAGAGCCUGGAAACAAAUGGGCUGUACUUACUCUUGUGCUGUUAAUGCGAGCUAUCGGUCCCCAAAAAUAUCAAGUUGAAACAGAUAAGUAUUUGACUGAUUUACAAUCUAUUGAUGACAAAAGAAAAGAAUAUUAUGCAGAUCUUCGCAGCAAAUAUGUCAUUGAAGAUUGCAUUAAUGGUCUUACUCAGAAGCAGUCAUCAGUUGAUCUUUCUAAAAAGAUUCUUUCAAGAGUAUGCCAUUUGCAAUAUUUUUCUGGGAUAACAAUAUUUAAUAUAUCGAGCAACCAGUUACGGAAGUUAAAUGGUCCAUUUCAUUUACUUAUUUGUUGUGAAUCAAUUAUUGCUGAUGACAAUAAAAUUGAUGAUAUAUCCGGAAUCAAGAAUAUGCAAAGACUUGUUACGAUCUCAUUAAGUGGAAAUUCUUUAUGUCAAGCAUCCAGCUUACAAGUGCUCUCAUCCUGUCCUAAAUUGAAGAAUUUAAACUUGCAAAACAACAAGUUUCAAGAUGAAGCAGAAACCGUUCAAAAAGUUCUUACUGAUGUCAAUAUUCAAUUGUGACACAUGAUAUUCGUGCAAUGUUUACUAUUUGUUAAUUUUAUAAAUCAUAUCAUGUGUUAAAAUG